GGGCUCAGCAUAUAAGAGGGACCCUAAACCCCGGCUGGCCCUCACAGCAAACCCAGACUGACCAGUGCUGCGCCAACACCCACUGCCUGGCUGUCCUUCACCCAGCAGCCGCUAUCAUCAGGACGACUACACUUCAGAGAGGUGUCUCUAAAGCCAGCAGCCCGCACACACGUACUAUAACUGCUCAGAAUGAACCUUGAGCCGCCAAAACCUGAGAUCAAGUCGGCCACCCGUGUCACCGGAGGCCCCGCCACCCCACGCAAGGGACCACCCAAGUUCAAGCAGAGGCAGACCCGCCAGUUCAAGAGCAAGCCUCCGAAGAAGGGAAUCCAGGGUUUUGGUGACGAUAUCCCUGGAAUGGAGGGCUUAGGCACAGACAUCACUGUCAUUUGCCCAUGGGAGGCCUUUAAUCACCUGGAGCUGAAUGAGCUGGCCAAAUACGGCAUCAUCUGAGCCCUCCUGCACCUUCCUGCAAUCCCCUGAGGAUUACAGGCCACCUUCAUACUCUUCAAACCAUCUGCCUCAGGCUCCAUCUCCUAACUUCAAAUGGAACUAUUCCAACAUAACAGACUGUAACAAACACAAAAAAAUGGAAAAACAGGAAAAGAAUCAACAACAAAAAAAAACUUUCUGUCCUCUUUCUCAGGAUUCUUCUUCUGCAGUUCACACGCAACAUCUGCUCAUGUUUAGGAUCUGUUGAUUUAUUCUGACAUCGUCUCUAGAUCUGCACUGUUUCUCUAAACUGCCAGCGUCCUCUUCUCUUCUCUCGCUGUUCUCCUAGUUUUUUCUUCUUCUUUCCGUCUUCCUCUCUCUUCUUCUCACGGACAAAACAUGAAACUUACGCAAGCAAGGCAGCCUCAAAUUGACUUAAGUGACAAACCCGUGAAGCGGGUGGGUUCCCGCUUCACGUGCUUCGGCGCCUCUUUCACCAUCUCAGAGGCUUGUCCAUCAACAUCGAACAUAUAAAAUACAAAACCUGAAUUCUGUAGAGACCGGACACCAGCUUGCCAUUGCUGAGCGUAACCUUUCAGUGGGAUAACCGGUCAUCAUCAGAUAUCCCUCUUCUCCCUCUGUUCUCACCAACAUUUAACUGCACCCAUCUCACCCAGGACACAAAUCUUCAUCAUUCUACCAUCUUUGUUUUCAUAACAUGUGGAGGUCUGAUGCAUGGAGACGUGAUUUCAGAAAAACUAAUUGAGAAGAGAAUAAAUGGGCAGUAGUGUGUUUCGUUCAUUUGCUCACACUCACACUGUAGCUGAAGAGGAACAGUAUCUUCCAUCUUUGUGUUUGCUUGUGUAAACAUUAGUUUCACAUCUUUCUAUUUGUAUAUCUCCCUUGUAUCAUUUUAAUGUGUGUGAAAACAUGUAUAUCAUGUGUAGCUCUCUGUGCCCUGUGUGUUUAUAUCUGUGUUUUUAAGAUCUCAGCUGUUUCAUCCAUCA